AUGGACGACCGAAACGAUGUCUUUCAGCGACUCAAGCCAGUAUGCGUCGCCUUGAGCCAGGCUGCUCUCGCCCUGAACACCACCAGCGUCGACCACAGGGAGAUCACCAGACGAGUCGGAGAUUUAGAGGGACAUCUCUCUGAAGUUGCCACGAAGUUCGGCUCAUUGGACGAAAAGCUCGCCGACUAUGUGUUCUUCCCUCUAUCGCAAGUGCUCAAGAACAGCCAGAACGUUUCAAUUCGGUCAUUGGAACUCACUUUCCAGUGUCUAGCGAUAUUGAUCGCACAAGGAUGGCGCGCUCGUGUACAGGCCCCGUUAGCGGCGCAAAUAUUGAUACUGUGUACGCUAAUGGCAGAGAAGAAGCCGGCUACGCCGUCCCUUGCGGAGACCACGCCAGAGCUCCAGAGUCGCGUGUUUCGGACUUUGGGUGCGCUAUUUGGAGUCCUUGACCACUCUUCUGCCGCUCGAAAAGAAAUGAUAAGGGAGGGGAACAUUCCUCAGCUCGGGCAAACGAUAAGCACAAUACUAGAGGGUAUCACAGACGGGCCAUCGACAGAAUGCCAGAUCGCAGCAACAGAAGCUCUCCGCUCGCUCGUUGAUAACGUGGCCACUCUUGACAUCAACGCCGGCUUCUUGCCCGGCGUUGUGUCAAAGCUUACAAAGGUACUCACGCCCCAGACAAAGCAACGGCGGCAUCACAAGGUUCUCGUCGAAGUGUUGAACAUUCUGCGGAGCCUCUUCGCUAAGACACUGUCUCUUGGGCUGCCAGCGCCAGGUUCGAAGACUACCUCGCAAAAGAGCACGACUGAGUCCUUCUCGAAUAUCAUCGACACGAAGUGGCUUGAGACAGCUGCGACACAGCUCAAGCCAGCAGUGACAAGUAUCGUCCGCCUUCGGUCGCACGAUCGCGAGGAUGUUGGACAAGACUCGAUCGUAUUUCGCCUCGAGAUGGCCAUCGUUGCAGUUCCAGAGCUUUCAUGUCAACUGCAAGACAUGCUGCGGAACUGGCUGCUCUCUCUUCCCACGCUGAUGCAGGCUUCAGAUGAACAGGCUAAAACGCAACGCUUGAAGCAAGUUGGCAUCGCGCACGCGAUACUUGUGACAAGUGGUGCGGACACUUCUCUGAUCGACGGCAUGCUGUCUGAUGCUCUGCGAGAUAGUGUCGUGGUCACUCUGCAAUCUUCCAAAGGCCCAUCAAGAGGCGUGUCAGAUCCACAGCCGAUACAAGCUCUGGGUAUUGCUUUGUCCCACGAAAAAAUCACGAGCACCACAUUCAGUCUGCCGCUUGUAGCCCAUCGUGGACAGGCGGACGUCAUGGCUGGCGUAAUGCAUCUAGUCGAUUCAAUGGGCACUUCUUCUUCCUCGGCCACAUUCGCGACCGAUCUCACCAGGACAUUCCGCCAAGCACAAGGCGACACGCAACUUGCAACGUUCUGGCUGCUCCUGGAACAUACACAGGCUCGAUUGAAUGCAGGAAAGGACGUGGCAGGGCUGAUGAAUUUCGAGGAGACCUCAUCACUCGCCCUGGAGGAGUGCAUGGAAGAUCUCUAUUCCUUUGCGCUUGACGUGUUGGCCGCAUCGCCGCAAGAUUUGUUGUCAGAUGUGCGGUUCCAGUCACUCGCAUUACGCGCGUUGGCACUGCGAGCUGAAGCUAGUGGUCAAGACUUCCGUUACGAACUUAUUGAUGCACUAUAUCCGGUCCUUCAUACCUUGGCAACACCCAACCAGCAACUCCAACAGGACAGCAUCGUUGCUCUGAACAUCUUCACGAAGUCAUGUGGCUACGAAUCGGUCAAAGAUCUGAUCGUGGACAAUGUGGACUAUCUGACCAAUACGGUAGCUCUGAGGUUGAACGCAUUUGAUGUGAGCCCCCAAGCUCCGCAGGUCUUGUUGAUGAUGGUGCGGUUGGCCGGACCUAGCCUGCUGCCUUACUUGGAGGACACCGUCGGCAGUAUCUUUGCUGCACUCGAGGACUACCACGGAUACCCUCUUUUGGUGGAGCUUCUGUUCCAAGUCUUGGCCGUCAUCGCAGAGGAAGGAGUCAAAGCGCCUUUGCUUUCGAACUCUCGACAAAAGCAGAUCGACAUGCCCGAUAUCAACGACGAUGGAUGGAGACCAUCGGCGCUUGCAGAUCUGGCUGACUACCUCCACGAUUUGGUCGCUGAAGAAGCUGAAUGGACAGCUUCCGAACACAACAAAGUGGAGUUCCAUCCACAACGACCAUGGACCAGCAACGAUGAGGGAGGCAUAGAUGACACCUCUGAAGAGCGUGAGGAUGAGGACCAGGAGGGACAUUCCAAUGACGAGGAGCGACCUGUUGACGUUCCAGAACCCGGACCUCCCGUGCCGAAGACUUACAAUCUUCUCUUCAAGAUCUCCGAGCUCACUCAGCACUUUCUACCAUCCGCAUCAGCAUCACUACGGACAUCCUUGCUCACCCUGAUCAAGACGACGGUGCCAGCCAUUGCUCACCACGAGAACACAUUCUUACCACUGAUCAAUACUCUGUGGCCAGAGAUUGUCUCCAGGCUUAACGACGAUGAACCUCAAGUUUUGGCUUCAACCCUCGAGACGAUCGCAUUGCUGUGCGAGUAUGCAGGUGACUUCAUGCGUAGUCGCCUACUCCAAGUAUGGCCGACGUUGAUCGACAUACAUAAAUCAACGUUGAAAGAAGUACUGCAACUUGUUCAACCGAAGAAUGAUGCGCGAGGCAAAUCAGAUUCAACGGAACUGACGCCAGCUCAUGCGAACUUGCAAAAGGCCAUUACACGAUUGCGAUCCGAGUCUGUUGAUCUCACCAAUGCAGGAACAAAAGCAGUAUGGAAUGCUCUCGUGGGUGCCAUCACUUCUGCGGUGCGGCAUGCCUCGCUACCACCCGACACUUUCGACGUCGCUCUGGAGAUGAUGGAACCAUGUAUCGAAGAGCCCACAGUCCGGCAGGCAUUCGAGAAACAGAACGCCGAAGCCGUGUGGUUGAUGCUACUUCGACAUGGUGCGGUGGGUCCGCCGCCUGCAAAACUUGCUCCCAAUCCAUCAGAGGCCUGA